AUGUCCAGGUGCGUAGUUCUGAGUGCCAAGGAAGCUGAGGACAAGUACAUAGCAUCUGUUCAUACCCAAAGACAUGUCAAACUGAUCAAGAAUAUCAGCUCAAAAAAAUUUAAUUCUCGACGUCUUAGGAUUGCCUCAAAUUUCAAUUCUAUAUAUUUUAACAAGGGUUCAUCUGAAGCUGCUUCCCUUGCAGCAGGUUCACUUAUUGAGGUGUCUGAAAAGGUGGCCAAAGGGGAUUUGGAUUCUGCUAUUGCCAUUGUCAGGCCUCCUGGCCAUCAUGCAGAACCUGAUGAAGCUAUGGGCUUUUGUCUCUUCAAUAAUGUUGCAAUUGCAGCUAAUUUUCUCUUGAAUGAAAGGGUAGACUAUGCUGUUUUAUUUUUUGUGAAUGUUAACUCGUUGUUUGAUUUUGGAAGCUUCUAUCCUGCUCGUGAUGAUGGUUCAUAUUGCAUGAUUGGUGAAGGGCCGGGUGCAGGUUAUAACAUCAAUGUUCCUUGGGAACAAGGACAAUGUGGUGAUGCAGACUAUAUUGCUGUCUGGGACCAUGUAUUGUUUCCUGUGGCUGAAUCUUACAAUCCUGACAUUAUAAUGAUUUCUGCUGGAUUUGAUGCAGCUUUAGGCCUGAUGGGUUGUUUCAAAUGGUUUAAGCUUAGAUUUUUCAGCUUCUCAUGUGAUUUCAAACGGUUUCUAUUGGAACAAUCCCAAAUUGGAAAAUUUGUCAGUUAA